AUGUAUUCGAAUUUCCAUUCAAAGUUUGUGUGCGUACUGGCCGCCGCGCUGGUGACCAUCGCAUUUGUCUUCAUCAGGCGAUUCUUUAUCCGCCGUCAGUUCGCGCGCCGCCAUGGUUGCCAACCAGUGGCGAGAUCCUACAAUAAGGAUCCUUUCUUGGGGCUCGACACCAUACCUACGAUCAUCCGCGUUCUCCGGCAGCAUAAGGUUCUUGAAGCGAGUUGCGAGCGCUUUCGUAUCUACGGAAACACGUUUGCAGUAAAGGAGCUUCUACAUCGUUUAAUUUUAACCGUGGAGCCGCAGAAUAUCAAAACAAUUCUAUCAACUAAUUUCCAGGAUUAUGGCAUUGGCCAUCGCCUUAAAGCGUUCAACCCUCUGUUGGGGCAAGGCAUCUUCGACACCGAUGGCGACCACUGGGCCUCGUCGCGCGCCCUCUUGCGGCCCAAUUUUACCCGUGACCAGAUAGCAGACCUGACGUCGUUUGAGAACUUAGUUCAGGACCUCUUUUCACUACUUCCGCAUGAUGGAGCAACAGUAGUGGACUUGCAGGAUCUCUUUUUUCGCUACACUAUUGAUUCCGCGACCGAGUUCCUGUUCGGACAGUCGGUCGGUAGUCUGAAGAAGACCCAGUCGGAGCUCAGUUUUGCGCAGGCAUUUAAUUAUGCCCAGGAUGCCAUCAUAAUGCGGGCCACUCUGGGCCCAUUGAACAUAUUUUACCGCGACCGGAAGGCCGACAAAUGCAAUCGCAUCUGUCGGGAGUUCGCCCAGCAGUUCGUCGAGGAGGCACUCUACGCCGUUGAGUCCGGAAAGGAAGCCAAAGAGAAAGAACAACCUGAGACGAAGCGCCAGAAGUAUAUCUUUUCACACGAAUUGGCGUGGCGAAUCUCCGACAAGCAUCGCAUUCUGGAUGAGCUGAUGAAUAUUCUGUUAGCUGGCCGUGAUACUACUGCUAGUCUACUCAGCAAUCUGUUCUUCAUGUUGGCCAAGCAUCCGGCAAUUUGGGACAAGUUGCGUAAAGAAGUAGCUGGUCUACAGGGUAGGCUACCAACUUAUGAGGAGCUUCGAAGCCUCAAAUAUGUCCAGUGCUGUAUAAAUGAAUCGUUACGUUUGCAUCCAGUUGUCCCACGGAACCAACGCGAGGCAGUACGAGAUACUGUUCUGCCACUUGGAGGAGGCAUGGACGGCCUCUCACCAGUCUUUGUGCCUAAGGGCACCCGAGUCUGCUAUAAUAUAUAUGCAAUGCAUCGACGGAGAGACUUCUACGGGCCGGACGCAGAAGAAUUCCGUCCAGAGCGCUGGGAGAGUGGACGACUGCAGCCACGCUGGGAAUAUCUACCUUUCAAUGGCGGCCCACGCAUCUGUCUCGGCCAGCGAUAUGCGUUGACCGAAGUUGCUUAUGUUGUCGUCCGCAUGGCCCAAGAGUUUCAACUCUUGGAGAGUCGAGACCCAGGACCGUGGGAGGAGUCGUUGGCCUUGACUCUCUGCUCCCGGAAUGGAACGAAAGUGUGUCUCACUCCGGCUUGA